AUAUCUGCUUGUUUGAAUUCAAUGCAUUUUGUAAAGUAUUUUGCGAUAAAACACUGUAAAACUGAGUUGAAUGUGUGUGUAUUACAGAGUGCUGAGUAUGAAAAACUUUGCAGCCUUAGUGAGUAAUUGUUCGGAAAAGCAUGGGUAGUGUGGAAGCAAAAUUACAUUUUAAUUUACACAGUUCUCAAAACUGUAGCCCGAAUUAAAAAUAUAUAUAUAUUGUUUUGUUGUUGUUGUUGUUGUUUGCAUUACAAACUGUUGCCAACCCAGCUCGUUUGUAUCAUUGGAAAACAGAGCAGAAACAAAACAAAGCAGCACUUGCAGAGAGCCUUAGCUCUCUCCAAUAAGAACCCUGCUGUAGCUGUCAGGACCUUCCCUCCUAUGCUGAUUGGCUGAGCAUGCUGUCAUCCAUUUCAUUGUGGGCCGGGAGCGUGGAACACUGACUACAGCUCUCUGUCAUGCAAGUAGUACUGCUUACAGUUGCCAGUGUGUAAGUGACCAUGGCUGUUUCAGCCCCACCAGUGAUCUCUCCAGCUUCCAGUGCAGGGUCAGGGGGUCUUUUCAGGUCCGACCCUCUGUACGUCAGCCCAUCUGAAUCCCCUCGACUGACCAACAGCAUGAUUAGCAGUUUCAUCAACAGUAGCACUACCAGUGAGUGUAAGAUGGUAGACUUGCAUGGAGUCAAGGUAGCUUCUUUCAUAGUGGAUGGUCAAGAGCUGAUUUGCCUUCCACAAGUUUUUGAUCUCUUCCUCAAGCACUUGGUUGGAGGUCUCCACACUGUCUACACAAAACUGAAAAGGCUGGAUAUAUCACCUGUGGUCUGCACGGUGGAGCAAGUUCGCAUUCUUAGGGGUCUUGGUGCAAUCCAACCUGGUGUGAACCGCUGCAAACUUAUUAGCAGGAAGGACUUUGAAACACUGUAUGGUGACUGCACGAACGCCAGCUCAAGACCAGGAAGGCCCCCAAAGCGAUCGCUGGGCAUCACAAUGCAAGAAAAUGCUCGUCUUCUGCCCCAUGGAGUCCCUGGUCUCUUAUCACCUGGACUCAUCUCCCCAACAGGUCUAACAGCAGCUGCUAUGGCCGAGGCAAUGAAGUUACAGAAGAUGAAACUGAUGGCAAUGAACAGUUUCCACGGAAAUGGCAGCCAGAAUGGAACAGAAUCCGAGAAUGAAGAGCUUAAUUCUAAUGCAGGUGGAAGUGACUCAUCUUGGGACAAGGAGAAGGUGCAAUCUCCAACUCCAGUGACAACAACAUCGCAACACGGAAUCAGUCACCCCACACUGUCAGGCCAGCAUGGUCUUGGAAGCGCACAUCCACUGAGUCCACUGCAGCAGAAUCAUCUGCUAACCAACAGACUAGACUUACCAUUUAUGAUGAUGCCUCACCCCCUCCUCCCAGUCAGCCUACCUCCUGCAUCUGUUGCCAUGGCGAUGAAUCAGAUGAACCACCUUAGUACCAUUGCUAAUAUGGCUGCUGCUGCUCAGAUGCACAGUCCUCUUUCAAGAGUAGGAGCGUCUGUAAUCAAGGAGAGGAUUCAGGACAGCCCUUCCCCUGCUCCAUCUCUUGAGGACAGUCAGAGACCUGGAAGUCAAGCCUCCUCCCACCAGAGCAGCAGCGUAUCCAGUUCGCCAUCCCAGCAUGACCAUACCUCAGAAAGGAUUGGUAUGCUAACAAAUGCAAGAGACAGUGAACUGCCUGACCCAGACAAUGUGGCCAACAUAAAGAAGAUUCAGAAAGAUAAAGAUGAAAUGCAGUCUGCAGUCCCAGCAGUGAAACCAGUCUUAGAAAAACUAUCAUUGGCAGGGCAAGCCUUACCUCCUGGGUUUCCAGCGCCUUUUCUUUUUGCAGAUGGACUGUCUUCAGUAGAAACUCUUUUAACUAAUAUACAGGGCCUGCUGAAAGUAGCUGUGGACAACACACGAGUACAAGAAAAACAGAUACAACAGGAAAAAAAGGAGCUGAAGAUGGAGCUUUUCAGAGAGCGAGAAAUGAGGGAAAGUCUAGAAAGGCAACUCACUGCUGAACUGCAAAGCAGAGCCACAAUUCAAAAGCGUUUGAAAAAAGAGAAGAAAGCAAAGAGGAAAUUACAGGAAGCUCUAGAAUUUGAGUCAAAGAGGCGGGAACAAGUGGAACAGGCUCUCAAGCAGGCUACGUCAGGAGAUGGUCUCAGGAUGCUAAAUGAUGCAGGAAUUCCAGACAUGGAAACAGAACACAAUGGAACUCAGCAUGACAGUGCAACAAUACAAGAUGCUGCUGCUGCUGUCAAACGUGGUCAAAUGCAGGUUUUUCUCGAGCACAGGAAGAAAUUUUAUCAAAUAUAGAAAACAGAUCGUACAUAAAACCUGCAAUAAUGUACUGAAUCCCAUUCAUCCAGUGAAGCACACACAAGAAGGAAAAAAGAUAUCAUACAUGGAGCAUCCUCUACUGACUUGUGAUAAAUGUUGUAUCAUGAGAAGAAAAGACUGUUCAUACACUGAAGGACUAAACGUACUGAAAAGUGAACCUGGUGCUGCAUCCAGAACUGCUCGAUCCUGAGAGACAGUAAAAGAGCUUUCUUUUCAGCAGUUUUGCAGACCAACAUAAGGUGUAACAUAUUGUGUGACCCUCACAAAAGGAAUUCCAGUACUGUACCAUUUUCAGCAAAUGCAAGAAAAAUACUGGCCUCAAAUGUUGCUUGGAAAAACAUUUCCUUAUAACAGUAGGCAAUGUCAUUGUACAAAAUAAAACAGCACAACUGAUUUGGCCUUUUGUGGCCACUGCUGAUUCUUCAUAAUGCCUGGAAACUGUUAAGGCUGACUGGUCACUUGUAAAGCUCAGUAAACAUGAUCUGUUUAACUUUGUUUAUAAACCGAAGCUUUAUACACUGUGGCUACCACUCAGCAAAUUGAGUUAGGGACAUUUUCAAAAGGAAAUAUGUAUGUGUACAUUUUUUUAAAGAACAAAUGAUGUAGAAAAAAAAAAUGUCCUGCUGUUAAUGACUUGUACAGUAACAUGGGUUAGACCCUUCUGAUAGCAGAUAUAAUGAGUGGGGAGGGGUUAUAAUUAAUGCUUUUUAAUGCUAGGCUAAGCUUGGCAUCUGGUCAUUGAAGGUGGUCAGAAUCUGCAGUAUAGAUGGUAGAAAAUGGAAACUUUUUAUGUCUGGUCACUCCAUUGUACAAUAUUAAGUUAAAGUCAGAUUCUUUGUUAAAAUGUUCUUGCUAAAUACAGUAUUAAAACAUUUUGUUUGACUUUG